AUGGCCGACAUGUCUACGCCUACGAAACACAGUACUGAAUACGAAGUGGAGUCGUUUGACGACGCCCUUGAAACCGCCCCAAUCCAGGAGAACAACAACCUCAACGUCACCAUCCCUAAAUCCAGUUCUACCCGAUCGUUGACCGACAGUCCUCCAAUUGGCUCACAUAUGUCUCCAGAAUCGACGGAGAAACCUCCGUUCCCUUCUGAAUCGCAGGACGAGAAGAAGGCCGAGCUCCCUGAGGAGCAGGAUGAGGAUGGCGAGGGACUCGAUGGACGGAAUGACAAGAAAACGAAGAAGGACGAAGGAAUGGAUACGAACGACGAGAAUCACUAUGACACCAACAAAGUGAACACCGCGACCGAUGAGCCCACCCAGGGUGAGAAGCCGGAGCAAGGGCACGAGGUUACACAGACAGAGGGAGAGAAGAACGAAGAACAUCACGAUCGGAGCCCACUGCAGAAGUCGCCUCUACUCACAUCUCACCGUUUAUCAACAUCCUCAUCGCUCGAUGAGGUGAACCUGAUGAAUAGCAAGGAAGACGAGCCGACAGACAAGGCACAGAGCCCACGGGACAAAACAGAACCGCCUCCAUUGCCCCCUAAGGACGAUGCUGCCACUCCGACAAGCGCAGGUCUCAUGGGCCUGUCGGGUAGCCUUCCCUCAGUCCCAUGGGCGGCUCCUCCUGUGAACAAGAACCCACCUAACCCGCCACCAGCCCCUGCUCGAAAGCCCAGUGGCCCCUUUGCGUGGUUCUCUCGAAGCUCAACAUCCAACGCGAAGGACAUCAAAUCCCCAACCAACUCUGCCAGCCGACGAAACACUGCCACCUCCGUAUCGACCCUUGCCAGCAACCUAGACCAGAUCGCUCGUGAUGGCGACGACCUCUCGAGCAUCGGCUCAAAGAAGCCGAGACGCAAUAGCCUGAAGGAUCAGUUCAAGAUGCUGCGCCUGCGAGAGGAGAGCCAUGCGCUAGAGGUCGAUCAAACGAGCGUGCGAUCCGGCCAGGCCAGUAUCAGCCAGUCUGGAGCUAGUCCCCCUAUCAUCCCAGAGGAAGGAGAGGAGGGUAUCUUGGCAGCAGGAGUCACAUCACCUUCGGCGACCGUCGCUCCUGGGAGAACGGGCUCCGUAGCUGAUGCUUCCACACCGGUGGACUGGGAGAUGUGGCAGCACCUUGUGAACAACGGACCUCAGGCCUUGGCAAGCUCAGAGGAACUGAAUGCCGCCAUCAAGCGAGGUAUUCCUCAGACGAUCCGAGGAGUGAUUUGGCAGAUCUUGGCGGACUGCCAAACUGCUGAUAUGGAGGACACAUACCGAGAACUUGUGGCGCGUGGCACAGCACAAGAAAAAGAUGGACGAACAGUAAAUGGCACCGAAACUACGUCGUCGCGCUCUUCAGUUCACUCCCACCAAUCAGGUUCCGGAUCACGGUCUAGCAGCGCUGCCCCUAGUCCGUCUUAUGAAGGAGAGACAGAUAAGCUGUGCAAGGAACAUGUCUCCAAUGACGCCGACCGUGCGAAGAAAGCAAAGACAGACGCCAUUGCGCUGCAAAAAUUGGAGAAGGUCAUCAGGCGAGACCUGGGUGCUCGCACUAGCUAUGCAAAAUAUUUUGUUUCCCAGGGCAGCCAAGAAGGCCUCUUCGGGCUGUGUAAGGCAUACGCCUUGUACGAUCCGGGAGUUGGUUAUGCGCAAGGCAUGAACUUUAUUGCUAUGCCAUUGCUGUUCAACAUGGACGAAGUCGAUGCUUUCACCAUGAUGGUAAAGCUGAUGAAUAAGUACUCUCUACGCGAUAUGUUUAUUCAGGAUAUGCCUGGGCUUCACCGUAGCCUCUACCAAUUCGAGCGACUUCUAGAGGAUCUCGAGCCCGCUCUCUACUGCCAUCUCCGGCGCCGUGGAGUUCCUCCCCAGCUCUACGCCACCCAAUGGUUCUUGACUCUGUUUGCCUACCGUUUCCCGCUGCAACUGGUGCUUCGCAUCUACGACCUGAUCUUCGAGGAGGGGCUAGAGACCACCAUCCUCAAAUUCGGCGUUGCGAUUAUGCGACGGAAUGCAGCUGCGCUGCUUGAAAUGAAAGACAUGAGCGUGCUUACUACUUUUUUGAAAGAGCGUUUGUUUGACGCCUACAUCGACAAGCAGCCAUCUACUUCGUCAAUCCUUGAGUCUGGCUUCUUCGGAAGCUCCGGUGCCUCCGAUAAGGAGAUCUACCGAUCCGAUAUUAUGGUGCAGGACGCCUGCGCCAUUCCUCUCACGUCCGAGAUGCUUGCCACAUACACCACCGAGUGGGAGGAAAAGACCCGAACAGAGAAAGAACGCGAAGCCGAGCUGGAACACUUGCGGCACACUGUAAGCACGCAGGGCGCACGUGUCCGGCUUCUCGAGGAACGUGCCGAAGCAUCAGACAAGGAGCAUGUGCAAUUAGCGUCUGAGCUGGUGCACGUAAAGGUCGAUAAUGAAGAGCUGCGUGACAUAAACGACGCGCUGCAGCUUCAGGUUGCCGAACUCAAGAACGUGGUCGACAAGCAGCCCGCCGAAGUGGAAGAGAAGCUCCGUAAAGAAAUGGAACGGAUCAUGACGCGGAAUAUGGAGGUGCAAAACGAGAACCGUGCGAUGGAAGAAUCAAUGUCCGAGAUGGAGAAGGAAUUGGUCGCCACCAAAAUGAAGUGGGCAGAGAUUUCUGAGAACCAUGAGACUCUCCGCCAGAAAUGGAGCGACCUUCGUCGUGCCCUCGACUGA